AUGAGUAAUUCUGGAGAACAUCAUACUCCGUCUUUAAAACCAAUAUCCUACGAUAUCUGGCUUGUGAAUGGACUCCCUGACUUGAAGACGUAUAAUAAAUUUGAACACCAAUUUUCUUUUGAGGAUCAUGACACACUCGAACUUUUUUUGGUCAUUGGCCUAUUAUAUUUGAUCCUUGCUUUAAUCGUACAAACUCGCUUUGUUAGGCUGAAUACACCACUUUCCGUUAUACUGAGUUUUCAUCUCUGGCUUUCAACCUUUGGUGCUCUUCUCGUCGCCAUUCAUUUGGGCAUAUUUUCUGCAGAUGGUCUUGGUGUUGAGUGGCUCAGUUCUUUGGGAACUGUUGUCACCCGUUGGGCUGAAGCCCUGUUUCUUCUACUUCUGGUGGCUACAGCUCGUGUUGGCUUCAGUGCUCCUUCACUUCAAGACCCACCACCACCCUUAUUAUAUUUUCUUGAUGAAACUACACGUUUUCGUCGAAUCAAGGAGGCACUGUUUUCGGAACUUGAAAAUUCACGCUUCCCACUUGAAUACCCUAAGCAUCAUACCGAUAAUGAUACAGAAACGGCGUUAGAGUGCAAUUAUACAAUCAAAAAUAAUCCUCUUAAGUUGCACAACUUGAUUGGUCAAAUGGGAGAAUCUCCUACUCAUGCUGCAAAAGGUGAUAUGAAAGUGGAAUCGCUAAAUAGAGCUCUAACUACGACCUCACUUUUGAUUACUGAUGAUCAUAAGACCAAAGAGAAAAGAAAGCGGCGAUGCUUGACCCCCGGUUAA